AUUGUCUGGCCCCGGGUACUCGCUCGCGACGCGGACCUCUUCCCAUCACCCUUGCGCAUCUCGUUCUAUCCCCACCCUGGGCCUCAGGGCAUGUCGACAGCCUGGGAAAUAUCACCGCACUCCCAGGCCCGCGAGACCAACCCCCAGCGCCCAGGCAAGGGCCCCCUGCCAGGAUGUCGGGUCUGGUGUUGGGACAGCGGGAUGAGACUGCAGGGCACCGGCUCAGCCAGGAGGAGAUCCUGGGGAGCACCCGUCUGGUGAGCCAAGGGCUGGAGGCUCUACACAGUGAACACCAGGCUGUGCUGCAAAGCCUCUCCCACACCAUCGAGUGUCUGCAGCAGGGAGGCCAUGAAGAAGGGCUGGUGCAUGAGAAGGCCCGGCAGCUGCGCCGCUCCAUGGAAAACAUCGAGCUGGGGCUGAGUGAGGCGCAGGUGAUGCUGGCUUUGGCCAGCCACCUGAGCACAGUGGAGUCGGAGAAACAGAAGCUGCGGGCUCAGGUCCGGAGGCUGUGCCAGGAGAACCAGUGGCUCCGGGAUGAGCUGGCGGGCACCCAGCAGCGGCUGCAGCGCAGCGAACAGGCGGUGGCUCAGCUGGAGGAGGAAAAGAAGCACCUGGAGUUCCUGGGGCAGCUGCGGCAGUACGAUGAGGACGGGCACACUGCGGAGGAGAAGGAAGGUGAUGCCUCCAAAGAUUCUCUGGAUGACCUCUUCCCCAAUGAGGAAGAAGAGGACCCCAGCAACGGCUUGUCCCGCGGCCGGGGCGCCCAGCACAGCGGCUAUGAGAUCCCAGCGAGGUUGCGGACUCUGCACAACCUGGUGAUCCAGUAUGCAGCCCAGGGUCGCUACGAGGUAGCUGUGCCGCUCUGUAAGCAGGCACUGGAGGACCUGGAGCGCACGUCCGGCCGCGACCACCCUGAUGUGGCCACCAUGCUCAACAUCCUGGCUUUGGUGUACCGGGACCAGAAUAAGUAUAAGGAAGCUGCCCACCUGCUAAAUGAUGCCCUCAGCAUCCGAGAGCGCACCCUGGGCCCGGACCACCCUGCUGUGGCUGCCACACUCAACAAUCUGGCUGUGCUCUAUGGCAAAAGGGGCAAAUACAAAGAGGCGGAGCCGCUGUGCCAGCGGGCACUGGAGAUUCGAGAACAGGUCCUGGGCACCGACCACCCUGAUGUGGCAAAGCAGCUGAACAACCUGGCCCUGUUGUGCCAAAACCAGGGCAAGUAUGAGGCCGUGGAACGUUAUUACCGGCGGGCACUGGCCAUCUACGAGGGGCAGCUGGGGCCGGACAACCCUAAUGUAGCCCGAACCAAGAACAACCUGGCUUCCUGUUACCUGAAACAGGGCAAAUAUGCUGAGGCUGAGACGCUCUAUAAAGAGAUCCUGACCCGCGCCCACGUGCAGGAGUUUGGGUCUGUGGAUGACAACCACAAGCCCAUCUGGAUGCAUGCAGAAGAGCGGGAGGAAAUGAGCAAAAGCCGGCACCGCGAGGGCAGCACACCCUAUGCUGAGUAUGGAGGCUGGUACAAGGCGUGCAAAGUAAGCAGCCCCACAGUGAACACGACUCUGAGAAACCUGGGAGCUCUGUACAGGCGCCAGGGAAAGCUGGAGGCAGCUGAGACCCUGGAGGAAUGUGCCCUGCGUUCCCGGAAACAGGGCACUGACCCUAUCAGCCAGACCAAGGUGGCUGAGCUGCUUGGGGAGGGUGACAGUGGAAGGACUUCCCAGGAGGGUCUUGGAGGCAGUGUGAAAUUUGGGGGAGGUGAAGAUGCCUCCGUGGCUGUGGAGUGGUCAGGGGAUGGCAGUGGGGCCCUGCAGAGGAGCGGCUCUCUAGGCAAGAUCCGGGAUGUGCUUCGUAGAAGCAGCGAACUUUUGGUGAGAAAGCUCCAGGGGACCGAGCCCCGACCCUCCAGCAGCAACAUGAAGCGGGCAGCCUCCUUGAACUAUCUGAACCAGCCCAGUGCAGCACCCCUCCAGGUCUCCCGGGGCCUCAGCGCCAGCAGUAUGGACCUCUCUUCAAGCAGCUGACAUUCAACCCCCACCCCAGGUCUUCUGGGUACCCCCACAGCCCUCACAGCAUUCCCUGUUGCUCCUAGCUCUUCCAACCCCAAGGUGGGGCAGUGAAGGGGGAGCAGAUAACCAGAAGAUUGCUGCUGCCCUUAGGGUCUUGGCUCCCUCCUCAGGAAUCCCCCUCAGGAAGGACCCUCAGGACAUCUUCUCCCUACCCUGUGGUCCUCUAGAGUAGAUAGCUCCAAAGCCCCCAAGGUGGGCAAGGAGCAGGUACGCACCUCCGAUGCAGCCUGCUGCUGGCUUUUCUGUCAGAGGGUUCGAGGCUGGCCAGCUAGCCUGCCUUGCCCUGGCCUUCCUUGUUCCCUCUGCUGCCUCACUUCAGGUCCAUGUAUUUCACUUUUCUUAAAUAAAAGAAUCAGGUAACCAUUCA